AUGAAGUCGACCCUCUACGCCGCCCUCGCGGCCCUCGGCGCCAGCCACGUCGCCGCCCACGCUACCUUCCAAGACCUCUGGAUCUCAGGCGUCGAUUUCGGCGCCUCCUGCGCGCGCCUGCCGCUGUCCAACUCCCCCGUCACAGUCGUGACCUCCAAGGACAUAGCCUGCAAUGCCGGCACCUCGGCCGUGUCCAACAAAUGCAGCGUCGCCGCCGGCACGACCGUGACCGUCGAGAUCCACCAGCAGCCGGGCGACCGCACCUGCUCCAACGAGGCCAUUGGCGGCAGCCACUAUGGGCCGGUUCAGGUGUACAUGUCGUCCGUGUCGGACGCCAGCACGGCCGACGGCAGUGCGGGCUCCUGGUUCAAGGUCUUCGCCGAUACGUGGGCCAAGAACCCGAGCGGCAGCACGGGCGACGACGACUUCUGGGGCACCAAGGACAUCAACACGUGCUGCGGCCGCAUGGACGUCACGAUCCCGGCCGACCUGGCGCCGGGCGACUACCUACUGCGGCCCGAGGCGGUGGCGCUGCACACGGCCGCUAGCAGCGGCGGCGCGCAGUUCUACAUGACGUGCUUCCAGCUCACCGUGACGGGGUCCGGGUCCGCGAAGCCGGCCGGCGUGGCGCUGCCGGGCGCGUACGCGGCGAGCGAUCCAGGCAUCCUGGUGAAUAUCCAUGCGGCAAUGGCGACGUACGUCGCGCCGGGACCGACGGUGUAUUCCGGGGGUUCGACGAAGAGUGCGGGUUCGCCCUGUAUUGGGUGCGCGAGCACGUGUACGGCCGGUACCAGCCCGUCGAGCUCGGCCGGAAGUGGGAGUGCAGGAUCGGUGACGACGGCAGUGGGCGCGACGGCGACGGGGACCGGGGCGACGGCGACUGCAACGGGGGCGUGCAAGGCGGCGCUUUAUGCGCAAUGUGGCGGAACUGGAUACACUGGGUGCACGGCUUGCGCAAGCGGAACAUGCAGUGCUCUCAAUGACUACUACUCACAGUGCGCAUGA